CUGGCAGUUGCUUAGGUGCAGCCAGUGCAGUGUGAGGAAGGGACGGCAAGUCAGUCUGGCAAUGAAGGGAUGUCUCUCCAUUCCGGUACUGUGGCUGCUUCUCCUUACAAUUCAGGACAUUGCAGGUGCUGAUGAGCUGAGGCUGGUGAAUGGAGGCAGCCCCUGUGCUGGGAGAGUGGAGGUUAAACACCAGGAUCAGUGGGGGACGGUGUGCGAUGAUCGCUGGGGCAUGGCAGAUGCUCGAGUUGUUUGUAAGCAGUUGGGAUGUGGAUCUGCUGUCAGUGCCCCUGACCUGGCUCAUUUUGGACCAGGAUCUGGACCAAUUUGGCUGGAUGAAGUUUCCUGUGAUGGUACCGAGUCUGCUCUCUGGUACUGCAGGAACGAGGGAUGGGGUCAGAGUGACUGCGAUCAUGGAGAGGAUGCUGGAGUGACCUGUUCAGGACACAUUGAGCUCCAGCUGGUUGGAGGGGACAAUGCCUGCUCAGGACGUGUGGAAAUAAGGCAGAAAGACACCUGGGCUACAAUCUGUGAUGCACACUUUGAUCUCAAAGCUGCCAGUGUUAUCUGUAAUGGACUACAAUGUGGAACAGCUCUAACUGUCCCAGGAGGAACUCACUUUGGAAAAGGUCAUGGACCGAUCUGGACUGAGGAAUUCCAGUGUGUAGGGAAUGAGUCACACCCCUGGUACUGUCCCAGGGCACCACACAGGAGUCAGACGUGCUCACAUGCAAAUGAUGCCAGCGCCAUAUGCUCACGGUUCCGGCUGGUGAACGGCAGCACAGCGUGCUCAGGGAGGGUGGAGAUCCAGGUUCUUGGUACCUGGGGAACCCUUUGUGACUCACGCUGGGAUUUACCAGAUGCCAACGUUCUCUGUCAUCAGCUCGACUGUGGAUUCGCUCUAUCGGCUCCAGGAGAAGCGUAUUUUGGGAAGGGAACUGGCUCUGUCUGGACUGACACAUAUCACUGUAAAGGGACUGAAACCCAUUUGGGCCAUUGCCCUGUUACUGCCCUGGGGGUCUCUCAGUGCUCACACGACAAUGAUGCCAGUGUGAUUUGCUCAGGUCGCUCUGAAUCGCUCAGACUGCUGAAUGGAGAGAGUCGGUGCGACGGGAGAGUUGAAAUUUCCCUCCGUGGUGUGUGGGGCAGAGUCCUGGAUGACCAGUGGGACAUGAACGAUGCCAGUGUGGUGUGCAGGGAACUCCAGUGCGGAGUCGCUGAGAAAGCUUAUAACCCCCAUAAGUCUGAGCGAGGAACAGGCUCCGUGGGGCUGAGAAGGGUCCAAUGUGCAGGAAAUGAGACUCGUCUGACUCUCUGUGACAACUCCACGUCUGAGACAGCCCAGGCAGGAAUUGCUGAGGACGUCGGUGUUGUUUGCUCAGGGAGCAGGCGGAUCAGACUGGUGAAUGGGGCAGGUCGCUGUGCUGGGAGAGUGGAGAUUUAUUACAACGGCAGCUGGGGGACAGUCUGUGAUGAUUUGCUGGACCGUACGACGCAGUGUUGUUGCAAACCGGGAUGUGGACAUGCCAUCAAUGCAACUGUCUCUGCUCAUUAUGGCAAGGAUCCGGGCAGAUCUGGCUGGAUAUUGAACUGCUCUGGAAAUGAACUGAUCUCGGGCAGGUCCUUCAGCGGCUGGGGCCAGCAUAACUGCAGACACAAAGAGGAUGCCGGAGUUCUCUGCUCAGAGUUCACAGAUCUGAGGCUGGUGAGCGACAGUGACUGUGCUGGGCGUCUGGAGGUUUUCUACAAUGGGACAUGGGGCAGUGUUUGCUCCAAUGGGAUGUCUCAAGUCACCGCAGCAAUUGUCUGCAAACAGCUGAACUGUGGGGACGGAGGGUAUAUUGCAGGAGUCUCAGAAUAUGGAAAGGGUCCCACAUGGCUGGACCACGUUAGAUGCAGUAAGCAGCACAGCUCCCUCUGGCAGUGCCCAUCAGACCAAUGGAAUCCAAAGUCAUGUGAUAACCGAGCAGAAGAGACCCAUAUUUCUUGCACUGACCAGGAGAAGUUACGUGUCAUGGGAGGAGAGGACAGAUGCUCGGGGAGAGUGGAGGUUUGGUACCGAGGAUCCUGGGGAACAGUUUGUGAUGACUCCUGGGACAUGGAAGAUGCUAACGUUGUGUGUAAACUACUGGGCUGUGGAUCUGCUAUAUCUGCCCCGGGCAAGGCUGCAUUCAGCGAGGGGACUGGUCCCAUCUGGGUGGAGACAUUGAAUUGCCGAGGGACAGAGUCAUCUCUCUGGGACUGUCCUGCCAAGCCCUGGGGUGAGAGUAACUGUGACCAUAAGGAAGAUGCUGCUGUGAAUUGCUCAGGUGUGACAGAGAGGACAGAUUCUCCAAAUACCCAAGUUCUUCCACGCCGUCCUCCGACUGACAGUGGUAGAGUCACGGUGCCCGUGGUUGUCUGCAUUAUCCUGGGGGCCCUGCUCUGCCUGGUCUUAAUCAUCCUGGGGGCACAGGUGCGAAGUGCCAGGGCACAGCGCAGAGGUUCCAGAAGACCCUUGGAUUCCUUCUCUGAGGCUGUGUAUGAGGAGAUUGAUUAUAACCUGAUGAGAGAGAAGCAGGAGAUGUUCAGUCGCUCAGUCUCCUAUUCAGAUGACUCAGUGGCAAAGCUGCAGUAUUACACCGGGGACAGCGAGGGGGAAAAUGACCCUGGAUCAGAACAAGAGAGAGCUUCCCCAGGGGGGUCUCAGUUGGAUUAUGAUAACGUGGAGGAGCCUGCCUUGAACAACGUCCCCCAGACUUUAGAUGGACGAGAUGCCCCUGCCCUGCCUGGAGAUGUCCCAGGGGAUGGUUAUGAUGAUGCCAGAGAAGUGUCUGACCCUGAAGAUGACCCUGGUUUGUGGCAGAAUGAUGAGGAAGGCACUGGGGUGAGUGACAGGAACAGGGAUUCACAGACAGGCAGGAUUCUGCACUCUCUAGGGAAUGAAAGUGUCUCUGCGACAGAGAAAGAAACCCUGUUCCUGCCUCCUGGAGACACAAAUUAUGAUGAUGUGGGACACAGUGACUCUGAGGGAUCAGUGCUGGGCAGUGUGCAGUUUGAGAACAUGAACACCUACUCCAAAAGGGGAAUUCUUUACUUUGGACAGCUCAAGCUAGUACAGGAGGACAACUCUCCCAUCGCGAAUGACACUGUCCAGCUGAAGCUCAAUGGAAAGAAGGUGGGCAACUACACCGCAGCUGAGAAUGGCACCGUUCAGUUUUCUAUCAACACGUCUGAGCUCUUCUUCAAUCCUGAUUUCAACCUGAGACUGUGCUGCCAGUACAAGGCGAUCACUGUGCAUUAUGUCCUGAACAAAGAAGGGAACGAGGAGGCCACCAGUGCAAAUUUCUCCUAUGUGGUGAUGGCGAAAGGUGUGAUUGUCAGGAAUGGCCAACAGCAAGUCAGAUUCAAUGGAGUCAGCAAGGAGCUGGUUCCUGUUGCCAGAAUGCUGCUCUACACUGUGCAAUCUGCUGGGGAGCUGGUGGCUGAUAGCACCAGAUUCCAGAUUGAGAAGUGCUGCAGGAACAAACCUUUUUUCAUUGACCUCAUCCUGCCCUACUCCAUAAUGGAUGGGAAAGACUUCCUCCUUACGGCCAUCUUCAACUACCUGGAAAAAAGCGAUAUCCUGGGCACAGCCAUGCAGAACCUGCAGCAGCUUCUCCAGAUGGCCUUUGGCUGUGGGGAGCAGAACAUGGUCCUGUUUGCUCCCAACAUCUACGUCCCGGACUAUCUGAAUAAGAUGGGGCAGCUGAGCAAGGAGACCAAAUCCAAGGCCACUGGAUACUUAGUCAGCGGUUCUGGGAUGUCUUUUGUGUUAAUAAAUGAAUCUUUCCUUUUUCCUUGUUUCAAGCUUCAGGAUGAUGGUAUGGUGAUGCAGGUGGAAACCAAGAACAACCAUGGCCUCUUCAACUUGGAGAGUACCUCACAGAAGAAUAUUGCUUUCUCUUUCUCAGCUGAGCAAGAACUUCCUGUGUUCAACAUCAAACCAGCUUCAGUGCUGAUCUAUGAUCACUAG